AUGCUUCGAUUGCAUUCCAGUUGGGUGCUGCGACUUGCGUGCCUAUGGCACACAGGAUGGGGCCAGGUGUUGCCCCUUGGAGUUGUGGGGAAUUUCCAGACGGAUGGGAAUGGUUUGAUGAUGGCGGUGAUUGCGGCUGACUUGGACUUCCGGAAGAAUUGGGAUCCCUCGAUAGUGAGCCGAUUUGGCCCCCCGAUCAUCCCAAUUCCAGGUGGGCUGCAUCCAAAUGUGACAGACAUCGCCCUGCGCGUUGGAACAUCUGACGGGAAACCAGGCGUUGGUGUCGCCACCGCUUUAGACAUGAUGUGGGGUCUGGAUGGAGAGAUGCCCGUCAUCGGACUGCUUGGCGCCACCUAUUCCUCCGUCUCAAUGCCCAUUGCCACCUUGGCUGCCGUGCAUGAGGUGCCGCAGAUCUCCUUUUCCGCCACAAGUCCUGCUCUAUCCAACAAGGCCGCAUAUCCCUUCUUCCUUCGCACUGCGCCGCCCGACAGUCUCCAGGCUCGAGCCUUUUGGAGCUGGAUUCUGCACUUUGAGGUUGCCUUGGCAACUUGCUUGUACAGCUUGGAAGGGUAUGGAGAGGGCCUUUACAAUGCUCUCCUGGACUUGGCUCGAGAAGCGGGCCAACAAGAUCGCAUCCAGGGCCAAGGCGUCCGAUACAUGCCGCAGGACUUUGCCGCGGAAGAGGCCCGAGCUCUUGCCAGGUCAUCUCAGACGAUGGGCUCCCACUUUCUUGUCUUGUUCUUCAACUGGGACAUGGCUGGCAACAUCUUGGCGGUUCUUGACGAGGAGCAGAUGCUCAACCAAGAUUGGCAGGUGGUGUGUUCCGACACCUGUGUUGACUACAUCCUCGAGAUGAGACUUGUGGGGUGCAUGAUGUUCAGGCCCUUCGCACGAGGCGAGAAGUUUCGGGACUUUGAGUCACUAUGGUGGAUGAUGCACGCAGAAGUCGGGAUGGAGGCUUUUGUUAUCCAGCAGUACAAGACGGACAACAUGAGGGUGCCAUUGGAGAGUGGAUUUCUCGAGGACAUGAACAGAACAACCUUGGGCUUUAACUCCUACUUCGGAUUUUCCUUCGACGCGUACUUCGUCUUCGCCAUUGCCAUCAACCAGCUGCUGCACGCAGGAGUUGAGGCCAGCUCAAUCCGGGGUCAGUUGCUGCUAGAGGAGAUGCGCAGGAUUCGCUUCACAGGCAUCUCAGGGCAGGUAAGCUUUGAUGAGAACGGGGACCGCCUGGUGGCAUACGAGCUCCUGAACAUUCGGGAAGAUGGAGCUGUGGUAACUGCCGCCAUCCACAGCUCAGGCUCUCCAGGCACCGGCUUCGCAUUUGAGAGGGAUCUGGUGUGGAUGGAUGGCUCCAGGCGCAGCUCCCCCCCGCCUCGGCUGAACGCCUGCGAUCCCGGAUUCUACCAGGACGAGCAGUCGCGACAGUGCAGGCUGUGCCCCAAGGGCAGGAUGUGCUUGGGAGGAUCUGCGGCACCGGCGGUGGCUUGUCCGCGGGGCAGCUUUGCAAAUGACACGGGCAUGACAGGCUGCAGCCAGUGUGCAGAAGGAAGCUUCGCUUCCGAUGUGGGCGCCGCGGAAUGUCUCCCGUGCCUUCCAGGCUAUGAGGCACCGCUUCGCGGCAUGGAGGCUUGCAGCAGGUGCGCGCCAGGAAGCUACAUGCCUUUCACCGGGGCCGCCGAGUGCUUCUCUUGCAACAAGAAUCAGGUCACCAGUGAGAGCGGCGCCACCUCCCAGUCAAACUGCCUCUGCCCCCAGGGGUCCUUUAUGUGCCAGGGCCAUGGUUGCCUUCCCUGCCCCGAGGGCCUUGACUGCCCGGAGGGUCUUGGGCCCCCCCUUCAGCAGGCCGGCUUCUGGGCGGCUUCAGAGGCCGAAAACGGCACUGAGUCUUGCAAAUUCUCCGUGUUCCGCUGCCGGGAUGCGUACGAGUGCCCAGCAGGUCCCGUGGGCACGUGUGCUUCUGGAAGGGAGGCGCGAGCCUGCAACAACUGCAAGGUGAAUCAUUUCCCGAGUGAUGGAGCUUGCCAGCCCUGCCUCCAGUCAGACGUGCUACCGUCAAUCUUGGUUCUGCUUCUGAGCCUCACCAUCCUGUAUUUGCUCAGCAUCUCCUCCAUGGAUCCAAAUCGAGUUCGCUUGAGCGCGCUGACGGCAGCCUCAAUUUCAAGCCAGCUCAUCAUCGCAACCCAGGCGCUGAACUCCAUCAGGGAACUCACCAUCCAGUGGCACGAGCCUGUGAAGACGCUGCUGACUUUGGCCAAGGUCAUGUCCUUCGACUUGCAUGUUAUCCGGAUCACUUGCUUGUAUGGGGAGGACAGCCCAUUGGUGCACUUUGCAGGUCAGCUGCUGGCGUGUCCAGCGGCCUGUGCGCUUCUGUGUGUGUCCUGGGCCGUAUCAAGGCUCAGGGGACGUCCGAAGUCAGUGAACAGCCUGGCGCAAAAUUGCGGGGUCUUGGUCUUCGCCUUUUUCUUGUCUAUCACCCGGACUACGCUGGUACCUUUUCAAUGUAUCCCCAGUCCAAACGGAAGCACCUCAAUGCUCACAGACCCUGGCAUCCUAUGCCAGUCGCCAGAGCACGCCAGCCUCGUCAUCCUUGCGUUGGUCGGAAUCCUGACUCAGCCGGCAGCAUUCCUUGCAUGGGCCAGCUUCGUCACCAUCAUGUAUCCCUCGCAUGUGCUCAGCGGCAAGGGCCUCCAGUUCGCACACAGGUACCGCUUCCUCUUCUUCCGCUUCAAGCCGGAGAGUUACUACUACGGUGUGGUGAUUUUAUAUCGGAGUGCCUUUGUGGCCCUUGUGCCCAUUGUGCUACGUGGACUACCAGAACUCCAGGUUCCACUCAUGGGUGCAGUUCUGCUUGUCGUGAAUAACCUGCAGACUCACACGUGUCCAUGGCGCACCGACAGUGCUAAUCUAGUUGAUGUGGUUCUCACAGCCUUUCUGCUCUUGAUUUUGCUGGGUGCCGCCCCUUUGUUGAUGAUGGACAGGGAGCAGUCUACUACAGUGCUGGGUUGGUUGCUGUGCAUCCCAGUUGUGGGCAUUCUGGUUGUGGCCGUGCUCGGGCUUGCAAGGGUGGCGGUCAAAGAGCUUCGAAACAGGCAUGACUUGUAUGGAAUCUUCCUUUGCCACCACAAGGGGGGCGCCGGCAGUUUGUGCCGAUUACUCAAGAUCUUGAUCGCGAAGCACACUGCUUCCCGAGUGUUCUUGGAUUGCGACAACUUGGAGAACUUGGACUUUCUCUUCGACAUUGUCCGGACGGCCACUAGGAGUGUUGUGGUUGUGCUGACCCCCGAGCUGUUGAAGAGAGUGUGGUGCGCUGGCGAAAUUACCACAGCCUGGAAAAACGGUGUCACCACUGUGCCGUUGGUCUGUGACGGUUUCCGGCCGUUGUCCGAUGAGGCGAUGAAGCUGAUUCCGAGCUUCUGGACGCCUCAGCAGAAGCAGACCCUAGCCAACUUCGGAGUGCAGAUUACCGAUGUGAGCACGGCCUAUGAAUGGGUGCAAAACGAGCUGGCUCCUGUCGAUCUGCCUCGAUUUGGUCCAGUUGCCGAACGAGAGGCGGCCGUUGCCCAGAUGCUGAGGCUGUGCGGCCUCAAGUCUUGGCGCAUGGGUAGUUUUGCCUCUUGCUCCUUACCUGCCCUGCCAGCAAAGGCGCGAAUUCUUAUUGCGAGCUCUACGACGGAUGCCGAGUCCCUGUCUGCCUGCGAGGUCUUCAAGGAGUUGCUGCAAGCCCACGCGGGAGUUGAGUGUGCAGUCGUGCAUGAUGACCAACAAAUGACGACUUUGAGGCCCUGGGCUUACUACCUCGUGGUCUUGCUUUUCCGGGGACUCUUCCGUGAUAGCGGCUUCGUCCAGAUCCUUCUCAGCGCAUAUGCUCCUCGCGAUAGGAGCUUGGAACUGGUGACUGUUAUGGCUGACGCGAACUUCGAUUUCCCUCGUGUUGAAGGUGUAGAGCUGGAGUCGUACAACAGAACGUGCUCAACCGACAGCCAAACACUUCCAACCACAGAUCGGAAACAAAUGGUUCGCGCAAUUUUCGGGGACAUUCUCAAAGUGUUGGCCUUGCCCUUCUCGCCUCUAGCAUCAGAGGGCUUGCAACAGCAGCAGGUGGUGGAGAUCGCAAAGCGCAUGCACAGGUACAAGGACCCGGUGGCUGCGGCUGCGCAGGACGAAGAAGGUGAUCGCUUGGUUUGCUUGUCGCCCGGGAACAAUGAUAUCCCGAGCCCGAUUGCCAUGCUUCCGCAGCAGGAUUCGGUGACAUUCGACGAUGAAGAUGCCGUCAAAUAUUGCAAAGUAUCUUUCUAG